AUGCUUUUAAAAUCAUUUGCUAGAUCACUAGCAACAGCUGCGUCUAUCAGCUCUCCAAAGUUUCAGGACGUAGUAGUAAUAGGUGGGGGACCAGCUGGAUUAUCGUUGUUAGCAGCUUUGAAAAAUUCUCAUAAGACGAAACAUUUAAAAUGUACAUUGGUGGAAGGGUCGAGUUUAGAAUCUGUUCGUGACUUUGGUAUAAACCCACCGGAUGAGUAUACCAACAGAGUUGUUUCAUUGACCCCUAAAUCCGUAGAAUUCAUGCAAGAAAAAAUUGGAAAUUGGGACUACAUAGACCAGGACAGAAUCAAGUUCUAUGAUAAUAUUGUCGCUUAUGAUUCCCAAGAUAAAGAAUCACGUAUAAGAUUUGAUGGAAGUAGCGUUGGUGUUGGUGUUUUGGCGGCAAUGUGUGAAAAUGUAAAUAUUCAAAGUUCAUUGAUAUCGAAGAUUGACGACUUAAAUGACAAUAUUAAGGAUCCAAGCAUUGAGCAAGAAGCUGUUAUAUUAGAUAAUACUAAGGUUGUUGAAAUUAUUAAUCCGAAAGAAGAAAAUACCCAUGAACUAUUGGAAAACGACCCAGAAGCAGGCAACCCAGAAAUCGACUGGCCAAUUGUCAAGCUUUCGAAUGGAGAUGUUUUACAAACAAGAUUAUUAGUGGGUGCGGACGGUUUUAACUCUCCUGUUCGUAAAUUUUCCCAUAUCCCAUCUAGGGGUUGGUCGUAUAAUAGAUUCGGUGUCGUAGCCACUAUCAAACAUCAAUAUGAAGACUACCGGUCAAUUGCAUGGCAAAGAUUCCUUACAACCGGACCACUUGCUAUUUUGCCAUUAACUGAAGACAAUGCUACUAUUGUUUGGUCCACCACCCCUGAGUUGUCUGAAUUAUUUUUAAAGGUGGAUGAAGAGAUCUUCCCUCACUUGAUUAACGCAGCCAUGACCUUAUCUGAGGUUGAUUUGAAUUAUAUUUAUGAACAAUUGAAGAAAGAUCCAAAUGACAAGUCAGUUCUUGAGGACAUAGAGUGGCGUAUGUCGAAAAUAAAGCUCUCUAUUUUGGAAGAAAAAUAUCCGUUACAGGUUACUACAGUGGUGGAGAACUCUAGAGCUAGAUUUCCAUUGAAAUUAUCCCAUGCUGAUACAUAUGCAAUUCCUCGUAUUGCAUUAAUUGGAGACGCUGCUCACACUGUUCAUCCAUUAGCGGGACAGGGUUUGAAUAUGGGACAAUCAGAUGUAGCAUGUUUACUCGAGGCUCUUGAAGAUGGGGUGAACAGAGGCCUUGACAUUGGUUCAACAUUAGUGUUGGAAAAUUAUACUGCUAAUGCAUGGCCUGCCAAUCAUGUAUUGAUGGGUGUUUGCGAUAAAUUGCAUAAAAUAUUUUCAACUGAUUGGUUCCCUAUUGUCUUCCUUAGAGGUUUUGGUAUGAAAUCGUUAAAUAUAGUCGAUACUGCCAAAGAUUUAAUGAUAAAGGCUAUCAGUGGUAGAUAG